AUGCAGACAUCAGAGACUGGGUCGGACACAGGUUCGACAGUGACUUUACAGACAUCUGUGGCUAGUCAAGCAGCAGUGCCUACACAGGUGGUACAGCAAGUACCAGUACAGCAACAGGUACAGCAGGUACAGACUGUGCAACAGGUACAGCAUGUCUACCCAGCUCAGGUGCAGUAUGUGGAAGGAAGCGAUACCGUCUAUACCAAUGGAGCAAUCCGAACAACAACUUAUCCUUACACAGAAACGCAGAUGUACAGCCAAAACACUGGAGGGAAUUACUUUGAUACUCAAGGGAGUUCUGCGCAGGUGACUACCGUGGUCUCAUCCCACAGUAUGGUGGGCACUGGUGGGAUUCAGAUGGGCGUCACGGGAGGACAACUCAUCAGCAGCUCCGGGGGAACCUAUCUGAUCGGCAAUUCAAUGGAGAAUUCUGGUCACUCCGUGACGCAUACCACUCGCGCCUCCCCAGCGACUAUUGAAAUGGCGAUUGAGACGCUGCAAAAGUCUGACGGUCUAUCCACUCACAGAAGCUCUCUUCUCAACAGCCAUCUCCAGUGGCUGUUGGACAAUUACGAGACAGCAGAAGGAGUGAGCCUUCCCAGAAGCACUCUAUACAACCACUACCUGCGACACUGUCAGGAACACAAACUGGACCCGGUCAAUGCUGCUUCUUUUGGAAAAUUAAUAAGGUCCAUUUUUAUGGGACUACGAACCAGGAGAUUGGGAACUAGAGGAAACUCCAAGUACCAUUACUAUGGGAUUCGUGUCAAGCCAGAUUCCCCUCUCAAUCGUCUGCAAGAAGACAUGCAGUAUAUGGCUAUGAGGCAACAACCCAUGCAACAGAAACAAAGGUACAAGCCUAUGCAGAAAGUGGAUGGGGUUACAGAUGGUUUCACAGGAAGUGGUCAACAGACAGGCACAUCUGUUGAACAAACUGUAAUUGCCCAAAGUCAACAUCAUCAACAGUUUUUAGAUGCAUCUCGAGCACUCCCAGAGUUUGGAGAAGUUGAAAUCUCUUCUCUGCCAGAUGGUACUACCUUUGAGGAUAUCAAGUCACUGCAGAGUCUUUAUCGAGAGCACUGUGAGGCAAUAUUGGAUGUUGUUGUGAAUCUUCAGUUUAGCCUGAUAGAAAAAUUGUGGCAAACAUUCUGGCGCUAUUCUCCCUCUACUCCAACUGACGGCACUACCAUUACUGAAUCAAGCAAUCUGAGUGAAAUAGAGAGUCGACUUCCGAAAGCAAAGCUGAUAACUCUGUGCAAACAUGAGUCUAUCCUGAAAUGGAUGUGUAACUGUGACCAUGGGAUGUACCAGGCUUUGGUGGAGAUUCUCAUCCCCGACGUCCUUAGACCUAUUCCUAGUGCCUUGACCCAAGCCAUUCGAAAUUUUGCAAAAAGCCUUGAAGGUUGGCUUUCCAAUGCCAUGAACAAUAUUCCACAGAGAAUGAUACAAACCAAGGUUGCCGCUGUAAGUGCCUUUGCCCAGACUCUGCGAAGAUACACAUCGCUCAAUCACCUGGCCCAGGCAGCUCGUGCAGUGCUUCAGAACACGUCUCAGAUUAACCAGAUGCUCAAUGACCUCAACCGUGUCGACUUUGCCAAUGUCCAGGAACAGGCUUCCUGGGUGUGCCAGUGUGAUGACAACAUGGUUCAGAGACUAGAAACAGACUUCAAGAUGACUCUCCAGCAGCAGAGCACCCUGGAGCAGUGGGCCGCAUGGCUGGACAACGUGAUGAUGCAAGCCCUGAAACCCUACGAAGGAAGGCCCAGUUUUCCGAAAGCUGCCAGGCAGUUUCUGCUAAAAUGGUCUUUCUACAGCUCAAUGGUUAUUCGGGACUUAACCUUACGCAGUGCUGCUAGCUUUGGCUCCUUCCACUUGAUCCGUCUACUCUAUGACGAGUAUAUGUUCUACUUAGUAGAGCAUCGUGUUGCUCAGGCAACAGGAGAGACACCCAUAGCAGUCAUGGGCGAGUUUGGCGAUUUAAAUGCUGUGUCUCCUGGAAAUCUGGAUAAAGAUGAAGGCAGUGAAGUGGAAAGUGAAAUGGACGAAGAACUAGAUGACUCUUCAGAACCUCAAGCCAAGAGAGAGAAAACGGAGCUGACCCCGGCGUUCCCGGUGGGUUGUCUGCAACCUGUUCUGGAGAGCAGCGUGCAGCCCGGCCUGCUGAACCCCAUCCACAGCGAGCACAUCGUCACGAGCACUCAGACUAUCCGGCAGUGCAGCGCCACAGGCAACACUUACACUGCGGUCUAA